AACCUGUGUACUGAAGGGAACUUCUAUGCUACAAGAGCUAUCUGUUAGCCUGCACGUGAAAUAACGGAAUAUAAAAGGAUUAAUAUGUCGUUUAUACAUCUGAAGAAGACCUUAAUGUGAGCAGACAGCUAGUUUUCACUGUUGUGAUGAGCAGAAGAUGGACUUUAGCAGGACAGUUCUGGUGACAGGAGGCUCUGGAUUCAUCGGCUCCCAUCUGGUGUGUUCGCUGGUCAGCAGGAACCCGGACUGGAGAAUUAUUAACCUGGAUAAUUUGGAUUACUGCUGCAGCCCCAGGAGUCUGGAGAGCGUUGAAGACAGGCCCAACUACACCUUCAUCAGGGGAGACGUGUGUAACUCACGGCUGGUAAAUCACAUUUUCAACACAGAAAACAUCGAUGUGAUCUUUCACCUGGCGGCUAAAACGCACGUUGAGUCGUCAUUUGAAACUCCGUCUAGUUUCCAGCGUGUGAACAUCGAAGGGACCAGAGUGUUACUGGGAGCCGCCCAUCAGGCCCGACACCAGCCGCAGCGCUUCGUCUACGUCAGCACCGACGAGGUGUACGGAGCCGGUCUGGACCAGGUGUUUGAUGAGAGCAGUCCAGUGAGGCCUUCCAACCCGUAUUCUGCCACUAAAGCAGCUGCAGAGUACCUGGUCAGAGCCUACUGGGACAAAUAUAAGUUUCCCAUCAUAAUCACCAGGAGCAACAACAUCUACGGGCCCAGGCAGUACACAGAGAAGGUCAUUCCGAGGUUUCUCUCUCUCUUGCAACUGAACAAGAAAUGCACCAUCCAGGGAACCCUCCCCAAAUCCCGCCAUUUCCUGUUUGUCGAUGACGCCAUCAACGCCUUCCUGCUGGUUCUGGAGAAAGGGAUUGUGGGAGAAAUCUACAAUGUGGGAACAAGCUGUGAGAUUCCCAUCAUGCAACUGGCCAGGGAACUUGUUAAGAUGGUCAAGAAUGUGCCGGACUCCGAGGUGAACGAUUGGCUCGAGUUUGUGCCUGACAGGCCGCGUGUCGACCUGCGCUACCCAAUCAGGAGUGAGAAGCUGCAGCAGCUGGGCUGGAGAGCAGACGUGUCCUGGGCUGAAGGCAUCAGACAGACUGUCAAAUGGUACCAAGACAACCCAGACUUCUGGUCAGACACAAGCAAGGACCAAGAACAAAUCACAAGCCAGCUUGAAAAAGCUGAAAAAUAGGUGACAAACUAAUGAGUUUUUAAUGACGCAGCUGAUUCAUGUCUUAACUGUACAAAUUUUCAAACGAUUGUUGGACCAACGGGCCCUGAAGUGCCGGACUACAGGAGGGCGGAGCCUCCCUUCAACCAAAGUUUCUCAUGGAAAUAAAUGCACUUUAUUUUGAUAUUAAAUUUAUCGCUGAUUGAG